CUCGAGGCGCUUCGCAGGGUUUAUACUGUAACGUCGCUUGACUGCGUAGUUUGCGGGCGAAACGCGGGGAAAUAAACUGCUGAAGAGGCGCUGCGCGUUAACCUCUCCACUGGGUGCUCUCAGCAAACCGUUCCGAGCGUUGUUUUUUUUAAAAAAAAUAUAUAUACUCUGCGUUUGGAUACACAUAUAUAUAUGUGCGUGUGUGUGUGUGUGAUAAUAUAAACACGAUAGAAAAUGGCACAAGCAAUGGGAGCAGUGCUGAAACGCGCCCUGGUUGGUAGCCGUGGGAAAUAUUUGGCGUUUUCAGUGGGAUUCAACAAGAUCUGCACCUCUCGCUGCCAGAAACAGCCCCAAACUCUGAAGAAUUUGUCUCCAAAUUACCCCCUUGCCGCUGUGAGGGAAAACCCAGAUUUGAACAGUUUUGUCUUUCGGACACACACCUGCGGGGAGCUUCGUGCUGUUCACAUCGGACAAGAGGUCACACUGUGUGGCUGGGUUCAGUAUCGGAGACAAGAUCUCUUCAUUGUGUUGCGAGACUUUGAUGGUCUGAUACAGAUUAUUUUACCACAGGAAGAGACUGCUGCACAGCUCAAGAAGAUCCUAUGUGACAUUUCUCUGGAGUCAGUAAUUACUGUUACAGGAACAGUCAUCUCUCGUCCAUCAGGACAAGCCAAUCCGAACAUGGUAACAGGUGAGAUUGAGGUUCGGGUCCAGAGUGCAGAGGUUCUGAACAGCUCCAGGAAGCUACCCUUUGAAACCAAAGAGCUUGUAAAGAAGUCUGAAGCGUUGCGCAUGAGGUAUCGCUACCUGGACCUGAGGAGCUCCCAGCUGCAGUACAACUUGCGCCUGCGCUCCCGCAUGGUGAUGAGAAUGCGGGAGUACCUCUGUAACCUGCAUGGUUUUGUGGACGUUGAGACUCCGACAUUAUUUAAAAGAACUCCCGGGGGGGCGAAGGAGUUUGUGGUGCCCUCGAGGGAACCAGGCAAGUUCUACUCUUUGCCCCAGAGCCCUCAGCAGUUUAAACAGCUGCUGAUGGUGGGAGGGCUGGACAGGUACUUCCAGGUAGCUCGUUGCUACAGAGAUGAGGGUUCAAAGCCAGACCGACAACCCGAGUUUACCCAGAUUGAUAUUGAGAUGUCAUUUGUGAACCAGGCAAGUAUUCAGAAGUUGAUCGAAGGACUGAUCGAGUAUUCCUGGCCGGAGGAAAAGGGAACAAUCACGUUACCCUUUCCAUCAAUUACUUAUGCCGAGGCCAUGGGCAGCUAUGGCGUUGACAAACCUGAUACGCGAUUUGGGAUGAAGAUUACGGACGUCAGUGAAGUAUUCAGAGACGCAGACGUGUCUUUCUUGCGUGAUGCACUUGGCCAACCGUGUGGUGUUGUGCGGAGCAUCUCAGUCCCCAAAGGGGUGGCAUACUUGAAGAAGAAAGAUUUAGAAAAUCUCAGGGAAUUAGCAAAGACCCAGUUUAAUCAGGAUGUGACGUUUGUUACUCUACAACCCGAUGGUACUUGGAAAUCGGUGCUCACCAAACUGCUCACAGAUGGGGAGAAAUCAGAGCUGUGUCGUGCAGCGGGUGCCCGAGUGGGGGAUGUGCUGAUCCUCACAGCGGGGGAUCCUAACACAGCAAACGCUGCAUUGGGGAAACUCCGGUUGGAAUGUGCGACUAUCUUGGAGUCCAAAGGAGUUGCCCUUCGAGAUCAUAAUGCAUUCAAUUUCCUUUGGGUUGUCGACUUCCCGCUGUUUUUACCGAAAGAAGGGAAUCCCGAGGAACUGGAGUCUGCCCACCACCCGUUCACCGCCCCACACCCAGAGGAUGCUUAUCUCAUGUGCACAGAGCCUCAGAAGGUGCGGAGCCAGCAUUAUGACCUGGUGUUGAAUGGCAAUGAAAUAGGAGGAGGCUCCAUUCGGAUACACGACAUGGAAUUGCAGCAUUAUGUGCUGGAGACAGUAUUAAAGGAAGACACUGGAUUGUUGUUGCAUCUCCUCGAGGCACUGGACUCUGGAGCUCCACCUCAUGGAGGGAUUGCACUGGGUCUGGAUAGAUUGAUUGCUCUCACUGUUGGGGCAUCAAGUAUACGGGAUGUCAUUGCUUUCCCUAAAUCCUUCAGAGGGCGCGACCUUAUGAGUAAUGCCCCUGACUUGGUGAGCCCUGAGGAGCUGAGUACUUACCAUAUUCAAGUCAGCCAGCCAGCGGGCAGUGGAGAGGACACCACACAAUCGUGAUCUGCAGCAACUGGCAACAUUUUCAUCUUGCAGUUGAUCCUACAGACCAAACUGGGAAAUAGAACGUAAUAUGGUUUGUACCAUGCUGUAUCAUGAUUUGAUCCAAAUGUAUUGUGAGAGCUGCACAAGUGCUGUGUUGUUCUGUGUACAAUGGACUUCUGUCAAAUCGGACCCUCUCAAUUGUUUUAUUGCAGCUAUUAAAAAAGAACUGCUUUGUAAGGAAAGGGUUAAAGAAUCACUAAAAUGGGGAGGGGAAUUAUAAGGUAAGUAGUUUCAGUGUGAUGGUGCUCUCUGCCAUGGGCUCUUUAUCCAGAUUUUCUUGAAGUGCUUCAUUAGCCUUUUUAAACUCCUCUAGGUCCAUGUUUCAGUGAAGAACAAAUGAAGCUGACAUGCAGCUCUGUACAGGAAGGAGACAUGUUUUUUUCCAAAUAAGUUUUUUUCUUUUAAUGCUAAGAAAGGGGACAGUGCUCGAAACGUUGACCACUUAUGCAGAUCCAUGGCAAUUGUAGUUACAGGGAUAUCCGGGCCUGAUUCCAAGUCACUGCCUCUUCAUUGAAAUAUGCAGUUUGAUUCUCUUUAGAAGAGGUGUUUAACCAAGGAAGGCAUUUAGAAAGUGUGUUGCACAUAAAACUGUCGGGGAUUGCCUGGCCGCUGUUCAAUGCCUUCCUUGGAUAAACCAUCUGAGAUCAGAGACUGCAGUCACCAACAAUGGAAAUCAUGUGUUGCUCAGCAGAGAGGGUGGAGAACAUUGAAAGGUGAGUCAUCUCAGGCUCAUUAUCCUCCGUAGGAGAGGAAGUAAGAGGGGUCUUCAUGAUGCUGACUCAGCUCCAAGGUGAUGUGCCUGGCAAUGGAAUAUCUGAAUCAGUUUGAUCCUUUGUGAAGGUCUCCUUAGUCCAGUUCCGGAGCCAUAUGUCUACAGUACGUCAAGGCACUUGCUGAUGACAGACCAGCCUGAUGAAAGAUGACUCUUUUUGAAUGCAAAAUUGUACCCCCAAUAAAAAUACACUUUUUUAACUUAA